GUUCAAGAACGUUUUGGGGAAACGUGUUGUUCAGAACUAACCGUUCUGCAACAAUUGAACGCACCUCUGAUAUAGGGUCGUGUGGGCGCUAUACAUAUUGGUGGUGGAUUCCUUUUCUUGGGGGUGAAACGAUUUGCAGAUGAUCAAGCUGGGUAUGAAAUGAAACCAUUAAAAAUGAAAGACCUGAAAAUGAUCAGUCUAAUUACAAGCAGUAAGUUAUGUUCAAGUUGAGGUAAAGAUAUCGCCAUGAAUAUAUUUUUUAUGAAUUAAUAAAUUAAUUUAUACAAUUAGUGAUAUCCCAUUUCACAUCACAUUAGAUUUUCAAAUCUCUGGUUCAGAUUUGUACAAAGUUGCAAUCGGGCAAGGUAUUCUGCACCCAUGAGUGGGGUCCUUCAUACAAGCAUGUUUGUUGUUUACCUACACGUCAUCCGGAAGUGAGUGUCAAAGAUGAUGAGACUGGAUUCACAGGAGGCAGAUGCUCCACUCUUUGGUGACGACGACGAUGAUGCCCCCACCGCCACCAGACAGAAGAAAUCAGAAAUCAAGCAUCCCCUGGCCGCGUUCUUCCAUCUCUUCUUCCGCACCAGUGCCAUCUUAGUCUACCUACUGUGUGAAAUCCUGAGCAGUAGCUUCAUCGUCUGUAUGGUCACCAUCAUCCUCCUCCUUUCAUGUGACUUCUGGACAGUCAAGAAUGUGUCUGGCAGGUUGAUGGUGGGCCUCAGGUGGUGGAACCAGGUGGAUGAGGAUGGACAGAGCCACUGGGUGUUUGAGUCCAGACCGGCAACCAGUAGAAAAGUUCCAACCAACUCUGAAUCACAGAUCUUCUGGCUGGGUCUGGUUGUGUGUCCAGUCCUCUGGGUCAUCUUUGUGUUCAGUACUCUCUUCUCCUUCAAGUUUAAGUGGCUGGCAGUGGUGAUCAUGGGUGUGGCCUUGCAGUGGGCCAACCUGUAUGGAUAUGUGCGCUGCAAAGUAGGCGGGAAGACCAACUUGAGGAGCAUGGCAACCAACUACCUUGGCAGCCAGUUCUUCAAACAGGCAAUGGCCAAACAGGGACCCUAGAGGUGGAUGUGCAGAGAGAAGAAACAUUAGCAUUUCUGCUAAUGUAAUAUUUUAUGUUAUCAAGAGGAUCUUGCCUUGCUUUAACUGAGGCAUAGGCUACUGUUAUUUUUCUUAAUUCCUGUUGAACAGGUGGAAGGCAUCUCUCUAUUCUGAGGGCACAGGGUUGUUUCCUACAGAGUCCUACAAACUGUAGUAGAAAACUAAGAUACUACUAGGUUUCUUUGUAUGUUUAUUUAAUUUGUUUUCCUGCUAAAUAUUCAAAUUCAACCUAGUUAAUGAUUGAUAACUGCUGAUUGUAAUAUAAGACAUUUGUAAAUGUUAUAUUUACAUAAAAUGUCUGGGUGAAAUGA